UAAUAGAUCACCACGAUCACCUGCAUGGCAAACCACUGCAAAGAGAAUGAAAGGGCCAAAUCAAUUUUCCGACGGCUGGAGGUUCAGUUUGAUGUUGAUAUCGUAGAAACGUUAUAGUCAGUAGACGUGCCGUGAUGUUUUCUAGCAACUAUAGUCCUUUGAUUGUAUAUUUUACUGGCUAAAUUGUGAAACAGUAGAAUAUAGGCUAAUAAUUGAUUUAUUAUUAUACAUUAUUGAGUUUAUGAAUAUUAUUUUGAUAGUUUAAAACGAUUUUUAUUAACUACGUCCUGACGGUGCCACGCAAAAAAAACUAUAUAAUUUAAUAAUUUUACAAAACAUUUUACGUUUUUAAAACGUUAAAAAGUAGAGAGUCCGCAGUCCGCCCUUUGUUGUCAAUUAGAAAAUGAUGUGUGUAUGCUACAGGCUUCAGUGUACAUGUCUUGCUGAGUUUUGUCAAGCAGGAUUAUUUUAAGUCGCCCACUAGAUGGGGCCAUUAUGUCAGUAGGGGUCUGGACAGGCGUCUCAUUUUAUUAGGAUUUGCAUUCUGUGGACGUUUUUGCAUUAAAUAGCCAGCAUUUUCAUGUAAACAGACUCAUAACUCAAGUCUCAUGCCGGACUCUAUGUUGGAAGCAGCUUUUUUUCUUGAUCUUGUAAUUCUAUUACAACCAGCCCUGCAAAUAGUUAACAAGAUUUAAUUGCUUAAAUAGAUUUAGUCAUCUUGCAGUGGGGGGAUUUCAGAGAAAUAGGACAGAGUUGUCAUGGACAAGGCUUUGCUUUGUAAAGAAGACUUGUUAAAGUACGUUUAAGGUCUUGGCAGACUGUUAACGCAUUCCUUUUGACCUGUGUUGCAGCUCAGUGUUUGCUGUGUGUGUACUGAGCGCACACAUACUGUAGGAUGUUCCACUAUUAAACAAAUGUUUGUUUUUCAACUGUAAAAAAAAAAACUUUUUUUUAUUUUUUUAUUUUUAUAAUAGUUUUGAGGGUUUAAUCUGAUAUUGAUGGUAAAGAUGUUCAUGCUUAAAUCACACAUAGUGAUCAGGGGAACACAAUUUACAGGGCCAUGAGGCAAUUAACUGUGCAAAGGGCCCAAAAACUUGUGGCACUGUGGCUAAAACACUUCAAAAUAUCUCACAGGUAAUUUUCUGCUGAAAAAAAGUCUUGGAAUGACACAGGGAUGUCUUGUGAUGGCACGAGGAUGUGUCGGUAAUGUUGAUUUUUGGGGUUGAACUAGUUCAGAUAGAUUUUGGAGUGGCUGGUAGCACCAUAUAAUGACUAGGUCUGACCAAUGACAGGUUUUCCACUAUAGGACUAAGUCUACCCCAAACAAGGAACCAAAUUCGGCAGUCACUCCUCUGGUCUCGGUGGAGCGCGGUCCCAGAGAAGCAGGCGGGAUGUCUUCCCGACUCUCGUUCUCUCAGUACCGCUUAGAAGCGGAGGUCGACCGCUGCCGUUCGGAGUGUCAGUGGGAUAAAAUUCCCUCUUUGGUGGAGCAGCUUGCUGCCGCGCGCCUGCAUGACGAUGAUGAUUACAGGACGCUGCUGCUGGCCGAAGCGCUGCUGGAGGAAUGUCUGCUGGAGAACAUGACCCUACUGAAGAAUUCUACUCCUCUGACCGAACAUUCACAGCUUAAACUGGCCCGAGCCAAAGCUCAACUCGACAGCAUCCUUUGCAGGGGACACCUAGAGCCUCACUACCUGAAUGAAGCUCUGCUCCUGCUGGCUAAAGUGCACUAUGUGCAGGGACGCUACAGGGAUGCUCAAGGGAUGUGCGCCAGAGCGGGAGUCGAUGAUUUCACCCACCAGGACCAGCCUGUCUACCAACUACGAAUGUUGGCAGAAGCUUUUGUCAUCAAAGGUUUGUCUUUGGAUCAUCAGUCUAUGUCAGGUGCUUCUCGUGUUAGGUUGUCUGAGAGAGAAGAAGAAUGCCAAACCUGUUAUCUCAUGGCCUGUGAUGCUGGCCUGUUGUACCUGCAAGAGCUUGACAAGACUGUUUGCACACCAAGUUCCAAAACAGCUAAAAGCGCUUCAUCAGUCCCUCAUUUUGAUUUGGACCCAGGCUUCUUCCUGCAGGCAGCUCUUCAGAGUGCAUACCUGUCACUGUUGAGGAAAGGUCACUUGGCUCAGGGUACACACCAGCUGCGGCGAGUCUUGAGGGCUGUGGAGAGUCGGGGAUCUCAGAGUUUUCGCAAGACGGUCGCACGCAGGCUUGCAGAGGUGUUACUGGGUUCAGUGUGUGAGGACGCUUACUGGGGUCCACUUUCUCCCCCACCACCUGGAUGGCUGAAGAAAGAAGGAGCCACACAUCCGAAAGAUGCCAUCUACCCCUCGUCCAAACCACCACAGCGCUACAGCACUGAGGGAGCUUUCUGUCCAAAGGACGUGGUUGAAGAGGCGGUGCUGGUUCUCCUCAUCACAGAAUCAAUGGCCAGUGGUGAGGCAGUGAUCAGCCGCACACCGGAGCACCGGGAGGCGAGAGAGAGCAGCAUGCAGGAUGCCUCCUCUGUUUAUGAUCUGCUGAGCAUCGGCAUGGGCAGGAGAGGGCAGUACUCCAUGCUGUCAGAGUGUUUGGAGCGGGCCAUGAAGUUCUCCUAUAAUGAGUUUCAUCUUUGGUAUCAGCUUGGCUUGUCAUUAAUGGCAAGUGGGAAGAAUGAGGAUGCAGUGGCAGUCCUUAAAGAGUGUGCGGCAAUGAGACCACAGGACCCCAUACCACCUCUGCUUGCAGCAAAAGUGUGCAUCAACCACCUGCACUGGCUGGAGGACGCGGUAACCCUGUCAGCGGGUGUAGUUGCCUUAGGAGACUGUGCCGAGGAGUCCCUUGCUCGAGCUCAUCUGGCCAUAGGUCUGUGCCGUAGUCUGCAGGCCUCUGAUGCCACACUGAAAGCAGAUUGCGAUGAGUUCAACAGAAGAGCUCUGCAGUCACUACGCAGAGCACAUGCACUGGACCCUCAAGAUCCUCAGAUUUCCUUCUACCUUUCUCUGCAGUUUGCUCUGGUUCGACAGUUGUCAGAAGCGAUGGAGCCAUUGCAGUUGGCUCUGAAUGUUCGUGGAGAUGAUCUGCACUCCCUACAUCUUCUGGCUCUACUUCUGAGUGCCCAGAAACACUACCAACAUGCUCUUGAUACGCUCAAACUUGCCCUUAACCAGCACCCGGACAACUUCAAUCUUCUCUUUACCAAAGUGAAGCUGGAGCAGGUUUUGUUUGGUCCGGGUGCAGCUUUACAGACCUGUGCAGAAAUGCUGCAGCUGUGGCAAAGUCGCUAUGAUUUUACCCGACCCAGUGAAGAAGAUGACUCUAAUAGCAUACCUCCUGAACCAGGCCCACUGAGCAGAAAACCCAGCGGCCUCCAUCUCACCCUUCCAGACUUCCAGGAGACAGAGACUGGGUCUCAGAGUGCUCCAUCUCUAGCUGUGUCUCGUCUGGAACAGGCCAUGUCAGAGGUAUCGGCCAUCAGCUCUGCCCAUAAGCAUGGACCUGCCUACAUUUGGACCACUCUUGAAAGGAUUUGGCUCCAGGCAGGGGAGUUGUUCAUUGCUGAUGGGCGGAUGAAGGAAGCUCAGUUCUGUGUGCAGGAAGCAGGAACACUCUUCCCCACCUCACAUUCAGUGCUUUUGCUGAAAGGCUGGGUGGCCGAGCUCAAGGGCAAUGACACAGAGGCCAAGAGCCUGUACGAUGAGGCUCUUGCCAUCAACCCAAGAGGACACCAUAUAUUGCUGCACCUGGGGAAGUUGUUGGUUCGCACAGGACGUGUGGGUCUCGGGGAGAAGAUGCUGAGGGAUGCGAUACAGGUCCAGAAUACUGCACACGAGGCCUGGAGUGGCUUAGGGGAGGCACUGCAAAGCAUAGGCAGUCCACAAGCUCCAGACUGCUUCCUCACUGCGCUGGAGCUAGAGUCUAGCUGCCCUAUACGGCCCUUCACUAUCAUCCCACGAGAACUAUGACACUUAUGUAUAUGAACAAAUAUGUACUGUAUAGAAAAACCAAUGACGCAGUCCAAAAGCUAAAGGCAAGAUCCAUUUCAUACACCAAAAAAUGAUGCACGGUGAGUAUUGUGGCAAUGAAUGAAACACAGAAAGUAACUUUAAAACCAAGCAUCCUUUUGUUGGUUUUAACGUGAAACUGAUUUGAGAUCUUCAUGAUCAUUGUUUCCCUCACAUGCAGGUGUGUAAAUUCCUUUUAAAAUUAUAGCAAAGUUUGAUCUGACCAACAUCAAGAAUGACAACUGUACAGAUAGCCAUAUUAGUGUCCACACUGCUUGAAUGUUUUAUUUUUAUUAUAAAUGCUUAUGUUGAUUAUAAACAUGCUGCUUUAAAUCUUGCAUUGUUCUAAGU